CAAUCACAGAGCUCUGACCAAUUAGAGCGCAGGGUGAUUGUUUAGCUCCACGGGCUGCAGCGCCUACCAUGAAUCUCUAUUCAGUAUCAAAGCGUCCUGCUGCUGCCUCUCAACCGAAUGGGAUUCCAUGUUGUCUGCAGAUAGACUUAACUUUAUAAAGUUUUUUUCCUUUAUUUUUCAUUGCGAUUAAAAUAUAUUUGUCAUCAUCAUUAUUAUUUUGCCUGCUGUCAAGUUAUUCUAAAAUUAGGAAGUAAUGAGCGUGGAUGCAUUGGGAAGCCCCGUUAUGGACCCUACGUUUUCCAAACGGAACACGGCGCUGAGAUUAGUUGACUUGGCAGGGGCUCACCACCAUCACCAUCAUCACCACCAUACCCCUCAGAGCGUGACAGGCUUCCCGGGGUUCAGCAGCCAUCCACACUCAAUGGCUCACUCGCACCCUGGGGAGAUUACUGCGGAACCCCGCCUGGGGCCGAGUCCAUUCGGGCCAGAACACAUGGGGCACUCCGCGGCCCUCAAAAUCAGCCCAGCCCAUCAUUAUCCCCACCACCAUCACCACCACCACAAUCAUCAUAUGGCAGGCCACAGUGAAGUGGUCUCCAGUCAAACGGGAGCUUUUGGCCCGGUUCAGGCGACGUCGGUCCCCUAUUCUAUGUCUCACACGGCCCAGGCUCUAUCCGCAGGUAGGGAUUUUCUCAUCCGGAGAGAUCUGACAGCUCAAGCCAUGCCCGUACUGACUGACCAGACCGCUGGUUCAGCCUCUCACCACGGAAUGUUUGUCUCAACAACAGGUAGCUAUCCCGGACACUAUGGUCAUCAUCCUGACGCUGGGAACCAUACCACCCUCUUCUCCGGACUUCAUCACGAGCAGCCUUCUAGCGGAUCACCGGGUGGCCAAGCACUGAAUGGACAAAUAAGGUUAGGACUACCUGGAGAAAUGUAUGUCAGGUCUGAUCACUUGAGUCAAGUGGCAAGCUCCAGGGCUGAUCCGUUCUCCGCCUCGCCUUUGCAUGGCUACGGUGGUUUGAAUCUGAACAUGAAUCUCAGCGCUCACCACCAUCACCACCACGGAGCCGGAGCUUUUUUCCGCUACAUGAGGCAGCCAAUAAAGCAAGAGCUAAUCUGCAAGUGGCUGGAGCCGGAGCACUCGCCGAAGAAACUUUGCUCCAAAACUUACAGCACCAUGCACGAACUCGUAACGCAUGUGACAGUGGAGCACGUCGGAGGACCAGAGCAAGCGAACCAUAUAUGCUUUUGGGAAGAGUGUCCGAGGGAAGGAAAACCGUUUAAAGCAAAGUACAAACUUGUGAAUCACAUUCGAGUGCACACCGGGGAGAAACCGUUUCCAUGCCCAUUCCCUGGCUGUGGGAAAGUGUUUGCAAGAUCAGAGAAUCUAAAGAUUCACAAAAGGACGCACACAGGUGAGAAACCCUUCAAAUGUGAAUUUGACGGCUGCGACAGACGGUUCGCCAACAGCAGUGACCGGAAAAAGCACUCCCACGUCCACACCAGCGAUAAACCCUACAACUGCAAAGUGAGAGGCUGUGAUAAGUCCUACACGCACCCCAGCUCGUUGAGGAAACACAUGAAAGUUCAUUGCAAGUCCCCACCGCCCAGUUCGGGCUACGAGUCUUCGACCCCUUCCCUGGUGUCCCCCUCUUCAGACUUGGGCCGGGAGCCAGGGGGCUCCUCGGUGCUGUCGGAGCCGGUUGGAGCCUCCCAGCCAGCGAAUUUAAGCGAAUGGUACGUGUGCCACAGCUCAGGUGCCAGUGGUGCCCAAACACCACCCAGCGGUCACUCCACACCUGACCGCGCAGAUGAGGCACCUUACAGAAACCCGGAACCGAGGGACGCGUUUUAACACGGUUAAGUUCUGCGUUUUGAAAAAAAAAAACAAAACAAAAAAAACCCUUUUUUUUAUGAAAAACAAAGACAGAAAGAAAAAAUAAUGUUUUGGCUGUGGUGCCUAUAUCCUGUGACUGGUCUCCUCCCCUUUUUUUAUUUGUAUUUUGGAUGAGCCACAAAACAGACAUCCAGAGCCAAGAGACGCACUUCACCACAUGGCAGGGGGAAAAGGUGCAAACUUUAAAAGCGUGCUAACUUCCUGGCACAGAACAGAAUUUAUUUUUUUUUUUUCAAACCUCGGUUAUCCAAAAAUAUUGGCUCGGUGCCUCCGCCCUGACUGGUCCACUUGUGGAGAGAAUCGUGUAAUUCUGUUAGACAACGUGAUUCAUUAUUGUAGGCUAGACGUGUUGUUGUAAAUUUGAUUUGUAAAUUCGAGUUUUUAAGUUCAAUAUGUUUUUAUUUAUUUUUAAAUCUGAUAUUGCAGGAUUUUGUAUAAUUGAACCAAAGUGCAUGUUUCAAUUCGAGCAAAAAUUGUACAUUUGUAAAUUUUGUAAGUUUCGAUGUGUUGAUGUCGAUAGUUUUGUAAGAGUCUGUCUCAGAGCAGUUUUCUUACUGAAUACUGCAGAUCUUUGUACAAACAUUUUAUGUUUACAUCGCGUUUUUCCUUCGUCUGUGCAACAAUUCAACUGUUUCAUAAGCCUGCAGUAUUUGGUAAACAACCGUGAAAUGAUAAAUGUUUUUAUCCAAGUGGGCAUUUUGUGUUUUUUUUUUUUUUAUCUUUGUUGUUAAUGUUUUUAUUUUAUCUGAAAUCGAGCGACACUAAAAUUACGUACCAAACUGCCUUGUAAUUUGUGAGUAUUUUGAAUAAAUCUUGUAUGACAAAAGUGAAAAAUGAAACUAUUCAAAUCUAUGGAAUUACCAGGCAUUUUAGUUUACACCUUUUGGUUCCAUUUUCUUUUUUUUUUCCGUCCUUAAAUGUUCUUGUAGAAAAUAAUAAAUCAGCUACUUCCUUUAUAGUCAGCCUGGUU